AUGACACAAGAUGUAAAGAAUACCGAAUAUGUUUUUUUAAUCUUUACAUGUUCAUAUCGUUUUGGUCGUGAUGAUUUAGAUGUAUUAGGAUUAACAUUUCAAAAAGAAUUAUUAAUUUAUACAAAAUGUUUAUGGCCAAAUCAUCCAUUUGAUGAUAAUAAUAAUACUAAAGUUAAUAAAAAAUGGAAUAAUACAUGGAAAAAAAUAAAACGUUUAUCAAAACGUAAAAUUAAUUCAAAUGAACAAAUUUCAUGUACAAUAAUAAAUGAUAAUGAUCCAUAUGGAAUAUUUUUAAAAUUAAUAAAUAAACAUGGUGAUUUGGCAUUUCCAUUUCGUAUCAUUAUACCUACAUCAUCACCGUCAUCAGUUGCGAUUCAACCAAAUGAAGAUGAUUCGCGAAAAUUAUACGGUGUCAGUUAUGCACUGACUGCAUUCGCUGGUCAGAAAAUUCAUAGCAGUCAACCGAUUAGUUCCACUGUAACAAUUGUUCUAAGAAGAUAUAUUGCUGGACCUAAACUGAUCAAUCGUCCCUUAUAUCCAGUAGCUGAAUCAACUAGAAAAACAAUCAAUUUCUUAUGUUAUUCAGGAGAAGUGGUUCUUACAGCGUCUGUUGAAAAACCAUUAUAUUAUCAUGAUGAAUCAGUCAAUGUGUCAAUUGUAUUGGAUAAUUUUUCUAAUUUAUCAGUUAGAAAAUUACAAAUAGCAAUUGUUCAAGUUACUGAAAUGUACUUACUGGCAAAAGGAACAUAUCGGUCUACGAUAAAUGAACAUUUAUGCAAAGAGAAUCUACCUCAAGCUGGUGAACAACAAUGGAAGUAUACAAUAUCAUUAGAUACCAGUUUUACUGAUGCCUUAGCAAAACAGGGUGUUGCUUUAGAAGGUUAUAUUAAACAAGAGAAAAAUUGGUUGGCUUCAUCAACAAUAUUGAAAUUAUCUUCAGAUUUAAGUGAAUGUCUAGAAACAAUGCAAAAUAUUUAUAAAAACACUGAAGAAUCUACGGAAGCGGCAAUCAAAGCGAAUAAAGAAUUACAUGGAGUUGUUAUAUCAUACUUUGUUCGUGUUAGAUGUUGGGUAGGGAUCAGUCGAUUUUCUGUCCAUGUACCAUUUUUAUUAAUGCAACCAGAAAAAGAACCUAGCACUAUAAAUAAUAAUGAUAUACGUUUAACUACUCAUACUGUUCAAGCUGAUGUAGUAGAAAAUCAGCCAAUGGAAGACAAAUCAGAAAAGAAACAAAUUGAAAUACCUCAUGAAGAUCAAGAUUAA